GCAGUGCAACAUUCAUUUUUGUAAUAUUCCUGUAAUUGUGAUAAACCAACAGUUUGGAAAAUACAUACCUACAUAUUUCACAAAUGAUUGAGUACUUAAAUGACGAUUGCCUCAGCGAGAUAUUCCGAUAUCUUAGCAUCAAAGAGCAGCUGAUUGUGACAGCUGUCAACGAGCGCUUUUGCAGCAUAAUAAUUGAGCGCUUUUGGCGCAUUAAAUUCAACAAAUUCACCACCAAAGGUGAUGCGAGUUGUGAUGAGCUUAAUUUAACGGAAUUUCAAAUAUUCUACCGCCUAAUAGCGCCACACAUAAAAGAACUAACCGUACAUAGCACAGCAAAUGUGGCAUUCACCAGCUACCUGGGACGCUACACUAAACGUCCAGAUCUUGCCUUCUACUUCCAUUUCGAGUAUCCAGAAUUACGUGUGCUACGCUGUUAUGAUCAACAAUUCCACGCUGGCUAUCUAACCAGUUUGAUACGUAAAUGUCCGCAGCUGGAGGUGCUCAAGCUGAUCAGUUCGUAUGUGACGGGCGAACACUUGGCCGAUUUCCAGCAACUACGUGAACUCUAUGUGACCAGCAAUAAAUUGGAACCGAAAUAUUUUCAUGCAAUUUUCCAUCAUAAAAAACUGACACGUAUACAGUUAACUGGCGAGUGUACCGUUAAACGUGACAUGGAUGCUGUGCUUAAGUCGAUUUUACCAAGAAUAUCGGAAUUGCGUUACUACGAUGAGGAAGAGCAUUUAACGACGCAACAGUUCUUUGCGGAAUCGACGCCAUUAUUUCGAAAUUUGGAAAAAUUAUAUUGCCAACGUCUGUUGAGCUUCGUCUACUCGCUACAAACGCUGCGGGAGUUACAUUUCGAAUGUCAUGUACAGUUGGAUGAUUUAUUUGCUCUAGUCCAUAACAAUAUACACCUGGAACAACUAUAUCUGGGGCUGAAUUUUAGUGCGCUAUCGAAGUCACGCGAAUGGGUAUGCGAACUAUCCGAUUUGGUGAGGAAACAAGAGCAACAGCGCAAGCGAGAGCUCACCAUACACUUGGAAAGGGCGCAAAAAGCGAUACAGCAAUUGCAGCAGGUGGUGGAGG